UCUCAAAAUGCAAAAGUAUCAGAAGAAUCGUUCGAGCCCGAAACACCUGGAUCCGAAAUGCCUGACGUUUUCGAUUUUUACAACGGAAGAUGUGAUAAAUUUGAGCGUUAUAAAGAUUAGAACGCCUCUCUCGUUCAAUAUUUUGGGCCAUCCAUUGAAAGGUGGUUUAUACGAUCCAGCAUUAGGACCUUUGCUCGAAAGUUCGGACCCUUGCGCAACGUGUGGCUCCACGGUGUUCAAAUGUCCUGGUCAUUUUGGCCAUAUAGAAUUACCUAUGCCAGUCGUCAAUCCGUUGUUUCACAAAGCGUUAUCCAUGUUGAUCAAGCUGUCUUGCUUAAACUGUUUCACUUUGCAAAUCCCGACUCACAUAAAGAUGCUGCUACGCGGAAAACUAAAGAUCUUAGAAAUGGGAUUGCUCAGCGACAUAGACGGUUUGGAAGAUGAGAUAACAUCCGCCAAACCAAAGUCGCAAGACGUACACGAAUCGGAUCUGGUAUAUAUAAGGGACAUAAUAGAAACUUAUAUAAGGAAUCUUGCCAACAGAACGAGAUAUACACCUAGCAACGAUCCCAACGGAAUUCUCUUAAAUACGAAGAACGUUAACGCUCAGUGGCAGUCUCACGUCGAUAGCGUCCUGAAGCAAUACACCGCCGGGAAGAUUUGUAUAAAUUGUCAAGAAGCUAUACCGAAAAUUACAAUUUUAAGAAAUAAGAUUAUGACGACCAAAAUCAAUGACGCCAAUUUUGCAUCGACGAACGUAAAGUCUCAUACGGUAGUAAAUAAAUUGGAAACCGUCAUCGUAAUGCCGGACCAGUCGAAAGAGUACUUGCGAAAGUUAUGGCAGAACGAGAAAGAAUUUCUCAAAGUGAUUAUACCUUGUUUGAACGAUGUAAAUACGGAGUACGCAACCGACGUAUUCUUCUUCGACGUUGUACCGGUAUUGCCGCCCAUAGUAAGACCCAUCAACUUUCUCCACGGACAAAUGAUCGAACAUCCCCAGAGUCAAGUGUACAAAAGUAUCAUACAGGACUGUCUCAUUCUUAGGAACAUUAUACAAUCGAUACAGGACGGUGACACGAGUCGGCUACCGGAAGAAGGAAAGAUCGUUUUCGAACAAAUAAAGGGCGGUACGGCUGUAGAGAAGCUACACAACGCGUGGCAGACGUUGCAAACGGACGUGGAUCACUUAAUGGACAGAGAAUUGAACAAGACUCCGGAUUCGGCAAAUUGUCACGGAUUGAAACAGGUUAUCGAGAAGAAGGAGGGCGUCAUAAGGAUGCACAUGAUGGGUAAAAGAGUGAAUUACGCGGCACGUUCCGUCAUUACGCCCGAUCCGAACUUGGACAUCGAUGAGAUAGGCAUUCCCGAGACUUUCGCGCUUAAAUUGACCUAUCCGAUACCCGUGACACCCUGGAAUCUGCUCGAGCUGCGACAGUUGGUUUUAAACGGGCCGAACGUUCAUCCAGGCGCGGUCAUAAUAGAGAACGAAGAUGGUUCCGUCCAACGUCUUAGCCCUUUCGACGUAACCAAGAGGGAGGCCAUCGCAAAGCGUCUACUACCGAGCAGCGAUAAGGCCAAUCGUUUCUUCAAUGGCAUUAAAAUCGUGCACAGACAUCUGCAAAACGGCGAUAUGCUUUUGGUGAAUCGUCAACCGACGUUACAUAAGCCCAGUAUAAUGGCCCACAAGGCGCGCAUCUUGAAAGGUGAAAAAACGUUGCGCCUCCAUUACGCCAACUGCAAGGCGUACAAUGCGGACUUCGAUGGCGACGAAUGCAACGUCCACUUUCCGCAAAACGAACUCGCGAGAAGCGAGGGAUACUUGAUCGCGAAUGUGUCCAAUCAAUAUCUCGUACCAAAGGACGGCACUCCAUUGAGCGGGCUUAUACAGGAUCACGUUAUAUCCGGCGUACGUUUAACCACGAGAGGUAAAUUCUUUUGUCGCACCGACUACAUGCAGUUGGUCUACUGCGCGUUGGUAGCGCAUAAAGGAAAUUUGAAAUUGUUACCGCCGACCAUUUUGAAGCCCGUACCGUUGUGGUCGGGCAAGCAAAUAAUAUCGACCGUACUUAUCAACAUCACUCCCCCGAAUACCGCACAAAUCAAUCUGAAGUCGAGCGCGAAGAUCAAUGCGAAACAGUGGCAAACGGGGAAGGCUCGCCGAUGGAAAUGCGGCGUCGAAUUGAAAAAUCCCGAAGAAAUGUCGGAGGCGGAGGUCGUAAUAAGGAACGGGGAGCUCCUUUGCGGCGUACUCGACAAAACUCAUUACGGUGCGACCCCUUACGGUCUGGUACAUUGCGUUUACGAAUUGUACGGUGGAUCGUCUUCCAGCAAAUUGCUGAGCGCUUUCGGUAAACUUUUUCAGGCAUUUUUACAACGAGAUGGAUUUACGCUCGGUAUCGAGGAUAUUUUGAUAGUUUCGAGCGCGGAUGCGAAGCGUAAGGAAAUCGUAUCGGAAUGUAGAAGAUUGGGGGGAGAAAUGCAAAGGAGCUUGUUGGAAAUGCCCGGCGAUGCGCCUUCGGAGGUCGUAUCGUCGAAAAUGGAGGAAUCUUAUAGGACCGAGCCGAAGUUUCGUGCCCAGGUUGAUCGGAAAUACAAGAACGUGUUGGACGUUUACACGAACGAUAUUAACAAAACGUGCUUACCGGCAGGACUCUUGAAGAAGUUCCCCCACAAUAACUUGCAAUUGAUGGUACAAUCGGGAGCUAAGGGAUCCAUGGUAAAUACCAUGCAAAUCUCGUGUUUGCUCGGUCAAAUAGAGUUGGAAGGUAAAAGGCCGCCGCUGAUGAUAAGCGGCAAAAGCUUGCCGAGUUUUCCCGCCUAUGAUCCAACGCCGAGAGCAGGAGGAUUCAUAGAUGGCCGCUUCAUGACGGGCAUACGACCUCAGGAAUUCUUCUUUCAUUGUAUGGCCGGUAGGGAAGGCCUGAUCGACACCGCAGUGAAGACCAGCAGAUCCGGUUACUUGCAAAGGUGUCUUAUAAAGCAUUUAGAAGGCUUGGUGAUCAAUUACGAUUCUACCGUUAGAGAUUCCGACGGUAGCUUGAUUCAAAUCUAUUACGGCGAAGAUGGGCUCGACGUACCCGCUUCGACGUUUUUGAAAAAGGAUCAAAUGGAUUUCCUAGUCGACAAUAGAAAUGUCAUCGUCGAUCCAAAUCUGGUAACGUACCUGAAGGAAGAUUCCAAUUACGAGUCUACCUUGAGAUCGAUAAGGAAAGUAAAAAAGUGGUCGAAGAAAAAUGGCGGUAGCACGUUGAAUAGAAAGAGAAGGAACGAGUUUUCGUUAUUUUCCGCGGACAACUUUAAUCCCGACAGUUCGAAAUUCAAACGCAUCGACGAGAACAGCGGGAGAAGUAAGGGAACUCUUUCGUUGAUAAGGAAAUGGAUAAGAAUGGACGAGGAAACGAAAAGGUCCUACAAAAAGCAAUGUACCGGAUGCCCGGAUCCUCUAACGUCCAAGCUCAGGCAGGACGUAGAAUUUGGGGUACUUUCGGAGAGAUUGGAGGACUUGAUGGACGAGUAUAUGUCAAAUAAAUCGUUCGACCGCCCGAUAGGAAAGACCGAACUGAGAGAUCUUUUGUCUAUGAAGGUAAUGAAAUCCAUAUGCCCACCGGGGGAACCCGUCGGUUUGUUGGCGGCGCAAUCCAUAGGAGAGCCGUCGACGCAAAUGACGCUCAACACGUUCCACCACGCGGGACGUGGCGAAAUGAACGUCACCCUGGGCAUUCCUCGACUGCGCGAGAUACUGAUGAUGGCCUCGAAAACCAUCAAGACUCCCACGAUGGAAAUCCCUUUCAAAAAGGAUUUGCCAAGUCUUGCCAAACGAUCCAACAAAUUGCGACAGAAAUUGACCAAGUGUAUACUCACCGACGUAUUGAAAAAUAUCAGAAUCGACAAGGAAAUGGAACGUUUCCCUCAGAGACGUUUGAUCCACACGUUGCGCAUCGAAUUUUUACCCCACAAAUAUUACAAAAACGAAUUUUCGGUGAGCCCAGAGCGGGUGAUCGAAAAAACCGAGCAAAUCUUUUUCAAGGCGAUGUUUAGAGAGAUAAAGAAGAUCGCCAAGGUAACCGGUACUUUGAUACACGUCGAGGACGAGAAGAAGAGACGUGGGAACAAGGAAGAUUCUUUAUUGGACGAAGACGAACCCGACGAACCCGACGACGAACCGAAAGCGUCCAAAUCGACGAACGUUAAGAGAGAUUUGGGAGAACAGCACGAGUCGUCCGACGAGGAGGAAGCCGCGGAAGAUGCGGAUGCAACGGUGACUCGAACGAUGUCGCGUCAUCGAGAGAAUCAAGAGUACGAGGAAGAUACGGAAGAUGAAGUCGAGGAUAGAAACGAGAAGGACGACGAGGAUGAUGUCGCGGAGAGGAUACCUCGUGAAACGAGGAUCGAAGAAGGCGAGACGGAAGUGAACGACGAGGACGACGACGACGACGACGACGACGACGACCAUGAGAGUUCCGAGUUUGGAAGCGGCGCGAAUAACGACAAACGUACAGCGAAUGCGAAACGCAAGGAUAUAGUGAAUACGUACACGUAUGCGCUGGAGUACGAAUACGACCGAGUAAAAUCGUUGUGGUGCGAAUUAAAAUUCUGGUUGCCGCUCAAGAUGACCAAGAUAGACCUGCCAAUGAUCAUCAGAAACGUAGCCGGUAAAGUGAUUCUCUGGGAGACUCCCGACAUAAGGAGAGCGUUCACGAUCGAAAGUUCCGACGGGGAGACUAUUCUUAAAACCGACGGAAUAAAUAUAAUAGAAAUGUUCAAAUACGACGAGGUUUUAGACUUAUCCAGGUUAUAUUCCAACGACAUCUAUGGAAUUUCUCAAACUUACGGGAUCGAAGCCGCCAACAAAGUAAUAAUAAGAGAAGUCAAAGACGUAUUCAAGAUGUACGGAAUAACGGUGGACUCCAGGCAUCUCUCGUUGAUCGCCGAUUACAUGACGUUCGACGGUACAUUUCAACCGCUCAGUCGCAAAGGCAUGAACGAUUCCGCCUCGCCUUUGCAACAAAUGAGUUUUGAAAGUUCUCUCAAUUUUUUGCGAAACGCUAUAUUACGAAGAAAACAAGACGAUUUGAGGUCGCCGUCCAGUCGAUUGAUGCUGGGUCAACCCUGUAGAUCGGGUACAGGUGUAUGUUCUUUAUUAACGAAAAUACUUUAAAAACCAAACGUUCGAAUACAUCCGCGAUUGUAAUCGCUCGACCUGGGAGGAUCCUUACAUAUCGUGGGAAUAUUGCUUGCUGGAACGGUUAUAGCUUUAUUCUU